AUGAAGCCCACCUUCUUUUCUCUCCUUCCAGCUACCCUGUCUCUCCUGGGUACUUCCCAUGCCCGGACCGAUCUGGGGGGCUGUAUCUCCUCUGCAACUACAAACCAAUGGCACGAGGCUUCGAUGAUCUGGUACGUCGAAGACACUGGCGAGAUCUGCGACAUCCCCGACUGUGGCGGCGGUCGUGCACCUCCUAAGUAUGAUAACCCGGCUUGCCCAAACUACACCGGCACAGCGACCUACGAGCCUAGUUACCUCAAAGGGUACGAACCAGGCGCUACUGCCACGAAGACGACUGCGAGGGAGACAGGUGCUGAGUCUACUGCUACCGGAACUGUCGAUAAGAGUGAGGACGACGAUGAGGACUUCGACAUCGCGUCAACCGACCACGGAAGCAUAACAAUUACCUCGACACCGGUCCCUCCCAGUUAUUCCUCUGGCGUUCGUGACGGAGGCUCGAAGGACAGCUCAAGUACAAACAACACCUCGAGCGCCAUUCAAAGCUCCACUUUGGUUUCAUCGACACAGGAACUGUUACCUUCACCGUCAAACACUCCAUCAAACUUUACAGAAGCCGAUGAAAAUGCUACGAGUUCGCUGCGCUUCAAUGUUGGUCUUGGGGUCGUUGGCCUGCUUGCCGCUUUUGUACUUUAA